UCCGUCUGUCUGUGUUCGCGACCGGCCCGUGGAGGACUGCCACCAGUCGACUCGCACCACCCCGACCAUGAACAAGUACUCUGCGCUUCUCCUGCUGGCUCUGCAGCUGACGCUGGCCGUCGCGUCCCCUAUCAGGUACGACCAGCGGCAGGAUGGCGACUCCAACAUCGACGCCCGUCUGCAGAACUUCUUCGUGGUGCUGGCGCCCUCCAACUCUGCGCAGCUGAGCAACACCGGCAUCAGCCUGCUGGACCUGGCCUCCAAGGCGGUGCCGCAGCGACUUCGUCCCCAGGGCCUGCACGGCGCCGUGCCCGGCGACGGGCUCAAGCAGCGCGAGGAGGUGGACGCGGAGCCCGUCCAGGCUGAGGUGGCGAAGGAGGGCAAGUCCGCGCGCUCCCUGCAGGCCGGCCCGCUCGCCGUCGUUGCCAUCCCCAUCCCGGCCGCCAUCCUGCAGUCGCCGCUCGCCAAGCUGCACCCCGAGGUGCAGGCCAUGGGCGAGGCCAUCGGCGAGGACGAGGUGCUCAUCGCCCACUCGCCCGUCGUGGCGCUGCGCUCACCGCCCGCGCCCGCCCCAGCGGCCGCCGCCGUGCCCAUGCUCGUGGCCGUGCCCGUGCCCGAGGUGGCCCCCGAGCGGCCCGCCGCGCCCCCCGCGCUGCUGCCCAUGCACCCCGCAGGCGCCACCACCCCGCUCGGCGACAAACAGGCUCUCCCCGCCGCCCCUGAGGCCGCCGCCGCCCCCGAGACCGUCGCCGUUCCGGAGGUCGUCGCCGCUCAAGAGGCCGUGGCCGCCCAGGAGACCGUUGCCGUCCAGGAGGCCAUCGCCCUCCAGGAGGCCGUCGCCGCCCAGGAGCCCAUCGUCGCCCCGGGCGUCAUCGCCGUCCCCGAUGCCAUCUUCGCGGCGGCUGACGCCGUGCCCGCCCCCGCCCCCGUGAUCGUGGCCCCCGCCGAGGCUGCCCCGGCCGUGGAGACGAACCAGGUGGAGCAGAAGGAGGACGACGAGGUGGGCAAGAUCGACUCCAAGGUGCACCUCAUCGGCACCGGCAUCGAGGAGUGCGGGCCGGAGCGCGUGCGCAACGAGGAGGGCGUGUGCGAGGACGCCGUGCCGCGAGACUGAUGACUGGGCUACAAUACGGCAAACAAAAUGGGCUGGCUGGCUGCUGCUGGAAACAGCCAUCGCACCCGACAUACGCAAACACGAGCGCUGUGAAUACCCUUGCGAUACCGCAAGCAGUCAACUACGACGGAAAUUCUCUCUAAUUUAUUGUUUUGUACUAUUUAUUUAUUUGUUAUUUAUUAUUAUAAAUAUCAUCACAACGAUGUUGGAAUAAAUCCCACAAUCCGCUA